AUGUCUUCGCCAUUGACGCAUCCUUCGCCCGCAGUCGAUUGUUCACAACACGGUGGAAGUUCGAUCGAACCCGAUUCUACGGUACACGUGGGAACUCUCGGAUCCCCUUGGGCCUGCCGCUUGACGUCGAAAUGGCGGAGCGGAAAAGCGAAAGUAAGGAGGGUGAGAAUCUGCUUUCCAGACAACCGGCUAAGCCUAUACGACGACCUGUUUAAUUGCUCAGCCCGAUUCUGGCGUCCCCAGCAAAAUCUUGUUGGGACCCUUUUAAUACCAAACGCCGGCCACAAAGCCUGA